AUGCAGGAUCUGCUCAUUCCGCCACUAAACUUUGGCCGAGUUUGCCGUGGAGUAUAUCGAUCCGGCUUUCCCGGCAAGAAGAAUUUUGCAUUUCUCAAGAAGCUAGCUCUUCAUUCAGUCUUGAACCUCAGCGAACAUGAGUACACAUUAGAGACAGAAACGUUCUUCCGACAGAACAACAUCACGUGGACGCGGCUGGUGCUGCAGGGCAACAAGGAACCGCUGCUGAGUUCGGACGAGGAAGUGCUAUCAGAGGCCUUGUGCAAGGCGACGGCUGACCGUCCCCUCCUAAUUCACUGCACCAAAGGAACACACCGCACGGGGUGUGUGGUUGGAUGCCUCCGCAAACUGGAUCAAUGGUCGUUGACAAGCAUCUUUGAAGAGUACCGGCGAUAUGCGGGAACAAAGGUCCACGUUCUAGAUCAGCAGUUCAUUGAAUUCUUCAACCCAACGCCGAGGCAUGUAGAGCUGGCGCAACGGACGGCUGAUGAGCGAUAA